GUUCAGGAGCAGUGGCGUGUUUCCGCUCAUUGCAGGGAAGAUUGCUAGUGUCUUUGUGCGCGUUUGUUUGUGAGUGAUAAACCUGAAUAUAUCUGUCAUAUCUGGAUAAGUCUAGAGAGCUGUUUCAGUGACCAAGGUGAAGCGGACCGUCUGCAGUCAUGGGCCGGCGCUCCACCUCCUCCACCAAGAGUGGGAAGUUCAUGAAUCCCACCGAUCAGGCCAGGAAGGAGGCCCGCAAGAGAGAGCUGAAGAAGAACAAGAAGCAGAGGAUGAUGGUUCGAGCAGCAGUGCUGAAGAUGAAGGACCCACGUCAGAUCAUCAAAGAUAUGGAGAAACUUGAUGAGAUGGAGUUCAAUCCGGUGCAGCAGCCGCUGCUGAAUGAGAAAGUUCUGCGUGACAAACGGAAGAAGCUGCGGGAGACGUUCGAGCGGAUCGUCCGUCUGUACGAGCGAGAGAAUCCAGAGACGUACAAAGAGCUGCGCAAGCUGGAGGUGGAGUACGAGACCAAGAGAGGACAGCUGUCGCUCUACUUCGACUCCGUCAAGAACGCUGAGUCCGUGGAGGUGGACAGUAUUCCUCUUCCAGACAUGCCUCAUGCUCCAUCCAGCAUCCUCAUCCAGGACAUUCCCCUGCCUGGAGCUCAGCCGCCCUCCAUCCUGAAGAAGAGCUCCUCCCUCGGGAAGGGCUCAGCAUUGUCAGCGGCCGCUCUAGCUGGAGUUCCUCGCCUGCCGCCGGGGCGCAAACCCCCGGGACCCCCACCGGGGCCACCUCCACCACAGGUCCUGCAGCUGUACGCUAACACUCGCCGCACAGAGGGCGGCGGUUCAGACUCUGAGAUGAUGGACACCGGAGGGAGAGACAGUGACAGCGAAGCAGACGAUGACAGUGACUCACAGGACGACAGCGACACCGAGAGAGACGAUGCUGAUGCCAGAAUGACAUCAGAUCGCCAUGAUGACGAGGAUAAACACACAGGUCGCAGCGUGCGAUUCGCUGACAUGCCACCGCCAAAAGAGAAGAGGCAGAGGAGGGUGAAGAUGACGAAGAGCAUCACACCACUGCAGGCUAUGAUGCUCCGGAUGGCAGGUCAGUCUAUCCCAGAGGAUGAGGAGGAGGAAGAGGACGAAGAGGAGUACACAGACUCAGAGGAGUCGGAUGCUGAGGAUCAGGUUCCUACUGAAGCAACUCAGUCAUUGGUCAAUCCCAGACUUCCUGUUCCAUCUGCACCAAUGGCAGCACAGCAGCAGCCUCCUCCACACAUGCAGGCUCCACCAAUCACAGGGCCUCCUCCUUUAGGACCGCCUCCUGCUCCUCCAAUGAGGCCUCCAGGACCGCCGUCAGGACCGCCCCCAGGACCGCCUCCCGGCGCUCCUCCAUUUCUGAGGCCCCCUGGACUCCCCGCAGCCCUCAGGGGCCCCAUACCACGCAUGCUGCCUCCGGGGCCCCCGCCGGGACGCCCACCUGGACCCCCGCCCGGACCCCCACCUGGUCUGCCCCCCGGACCCCCCCCCAGAGGACCCCCGCCACGCCUGCCUCCUCCGGCCCCCCCAGGAAUGCCCCCGCCCCCUCCGCCCCGCAUGGCUCCGCCCCUCUCUAUGUUCCCACCUCCGCUCAAUCCCAACGUGCUCAGUGCUCCGCCCAGCAUCCGGCAGAAGUCGCCCGUGGUGACAGGCUCCUCCAGUGACUCCACCCCCCUGGCCCCGCCUGCCCGGGGCUCCGUCCACCAGAUGCCACCGCCCCCCGGCACCACGGCCACCAUCGAGAAGCGGGCCACGGUCUUGGGCCCCGGGGCAUCCUCGGCCCUGCCAGGCGGAGCCACCAUCUCAGCCAAGCCACAGAUCAUCAACCCCAAGACGGAGGUGACACGCUUCGUGCCCACGGCGCUCCGCGUGCGCAGGGACCGAGCCCCAGGCCGCAGAGACGAGGAGCCGCCCAAACCAGCAGUUGCGGCCAAACCCCUGCAGCCUCCCGGUGCCGCGCCGCCUGGCAUCAAGACCAAGGACCAGAUGUAUGAGGCCUUCAUGCGCGAGAUGGAGGGGCUGCUGUGAGCUCCUGUACAUCCACCAGAUUGUGUUUUAUCUUUAGAUGUGAAUAAAUGCCAGAUGUCAAACUCA